AUGAAAGGUUUUACUGAAGCAGGAAACCUUGUGGUGCGCUUUAAUGAUGAAGUAAAAAUAAUACAUCAACUUAAUUUUCAGAAUUCUACAAAGCAGCUCCAGGUUAUCUCAAUUGUAGGAAUGGCUGGGCUUGGUAAGACUACUCUGGCUAAAACAAUUUACAACGAUACAUCAGUCUGGGAUUUCUAUGAUAUUCAAGCGUGGACCAGUGUUUCUCAAGUUUAUCAAAUUAAAGAUUUGUUACUCAGUUUAUUAAGCUCUCUCAUUUCUGAGCUUACUGAUGAGAUUUACAAAUUGAGUGACACGCAGUUGGGUGAAUUGCUAUACAGAAAACUAAAGGAUCGUCAAUAUCUGGUGGUCUUUGAUGAUAUCUGCGAUUCUAACGCCUGGAAUGAUCUCAAAAUGUAUUUCCCAGAUGACAAUAUUGGAAGCCGAGUCGUGUUUACCAGUCGUGACAUAGACAUCAGUGCACAUAUACAGGCAGCAGGAUCAACUCAUGUUUUGCAUUACCUUGAUGAAUUUGAAAGUUGGGAUUUGUUUCUGCAAAAGACCUUUCAGAAUGGCAGGUGUCCUUCUUCGCUGGAAGAUUUCGGAAGGUUGAUUACAAGAAAAUGUGAUGGUUUGCCACUGGCAAUUGUCAUGGCCUCUCGUCUUCUGAAAUAUAAUCAGACAAAUGAGUGGUGGAGGCAAGUUGCUGAAACACUAAGCUUGUUUAUUGGUAAUUCAUCUACAGCUCUCUGUAAUCAUCUACUUGGCAUGAUGAUGAAGCUCUAUGAAAAUGUGGAAGUGCGCGAUCUAUUAGAAGGAGCAACAGAUCUGGAUUUGAAAGAUUUUAUUCAACCGUGUGAAUAUAUAGAUGAGGUUAUAGAUACUUGUGAAAAACUAGGUAAAAUAAAAUACAGCUCAAACAAAGAGGGAGAAGUUGUGGUGGGCUUUGAUGAAGAAGUAGAAACACUACUUGAUCAACUUACUUCAACUUCUAUAAAGCACCUUCAGGUUAUCUCUAUUGCAGGAAUGGCUGGGCUUGGUAAGACUACUCUGGCUACAAAACUUUACAACGAUCCAUUGGUCGAGUAUACCUUUGACAUGCGAGCGUGGACCAGUGUUUCUCAAGUUUAUCAAGUUAAAGAUUUGUUACUGGGAAUACUAAGCACCUGUAUCCAUGAGAUUAAUGACGAAAUUUACAAAAUGAAUGACAUACGGUUGGGGGAAAAGCUAUACAGACUACUAAAGGGUCAUAGAUAUCUGGUGGUAUUGGAUGACAUCUGGGAUUCUAAGGCUUGGAAUGAUCUCAAAAUGUAUUUCCCAGAUGACAAAACCGGAAGCCGAGUGUUAUUUACUAGUCGUGACAUAGACAUCACCUCACAUGUACAGGCAGCAAGACCUAUUCACGUUCUGCGUUUCCGUAAUGAAGUUGAGAGUUGGGAUUUGCUUUUAAAAAAGACCUUUAGGACUGGAAUAUGUCCUCUUUCGCUGGAAGAUUUUGGGAGGGCGAUUACAAGAAAAUGUGAAGGUUUGCCUCUUGCAAUUGUCAUAGCCUCUGGUAUUUUGAAAAAUAAUAUGUCAAAUGAGUGGUGGAGGCAAAUUGCCGAAAAGCUAAGCUUGUUUAUGGUGAGUAAGCCAAGCCAAUACAUGCACUCCCUGGCUUUGAGCUACAACCAUUUGCCACCUCAUUUAAAACCAUGUUUUCUCUUUUUUCGAUCAUUUCCUGAGGACUAUGAGGUAUCCGUGUCAAAGCUGAUUUGGCUAUGGAUUGCUCAAGGAUUCAUACAACAAAGUGGAAGCAAAACGUGGGAGGAUGUUGCAGAGGAUUUCCUGAUGGAUUUAAUCAAUAGAGGUUUGCUGAUGAUUUCCAAAACGAGGGCUGAUGGCCGAAUAAAAGCAUGCCGUAUCCAUGACUUGCUGCGGGAUUUAUGUUUGAGAAAGUCUCUUGAAGAGAAAUUUUCUCUACUAAGUUACAAGUACCCUUCUUUUACAUCAUCUUCUGCUACCAUCCGAGAUAUGCAAUAUGAAAUUUUAGCAGAUACCUCUCCACUAGUCACCCACUCUAGUUUGUGUUAUCCAAAUGAGUUAGCCGAUAUUCUUCAAAAUGGUAGACCAAUUCCUUAUGGUAGAUACAAAAUGUUAAAGGUUCUUGAUAUGGAGUAUGUCCCUAUCUCUGUAUUUCAUUCUGAUGUAGUACACCUUAUUGAUCUAAGAUACUUGGCCAUUCAAGCUUAUGAUGGAAGUCUCCCUUCAUCAAUAUCCAACCUUGUCCACUUGCAAACGCUGAUAAUAUCUUCAAAGAAGAAUAUCGUCCUACCUAAUACCAUAUGGAAUAUGGUAAAUCUGAGGCACUUGUAUAUCAAAUCAGGUGAAAACUUCAUUGAGGAGCCUAAAUUUGUUCAAGUUACAGAGGACAAUGGUGUUUCAAAUUUGUUGCCGAGCCUGCAAACAUUAUCCCAAGUAAGCCCUGAAUCUUGCCAGAAUGUGUCUACCAGAACUCCCACUCUUAGGAAACUUGGGUUUUGUGGACCCUUGAUAUCAAGUCUAGGUGAUCUGGAAUUUCCAAAUAUACGCACUUUGCAACACCUCGAAAAAUUGAAGUUGUUAAACACAAUUCCAUACCCGGAAGCAACAAGAUCAUGCAAUCCUCUUAGGUUUCCUGAAAAUCUUAAGAAACUGACGCUGUGUAACACUGGAUUGGAUUGGGAUGAGAUUUGGACCUUUGCGUGGGUGCCUAACCUGGAGGUUCUAAAGUUAAAGUUUCAAGCAUGCAUUGGAGAAAGGUGGGAGACAGGGGAAGAAGCAGAGUUUAGGCGACUCCAAGUGUUGAAAUUGCAUGAUCUGGACAUAACGAAUUGGGUUAGUUACAGGGAUAACUUCCCACGACUAAAACAGUUAGUGGUGCGUCGUUGUUCAAAAACAUUUUUUGUUGUCUUGCAUAGUAUAUUUUGA